AUGAAACAAAAUCCUACUUACAGUUCCUUUUUUAAUAAUGACCGCUCCAAAUGGAUAAUAAACACUAGCGACAAAACAAUCCCUAAAAAUGUUAUGGAUAUAUUGAGUUUAGGUGACAAAUUUGGUUUACCUUUCAAUCAUCGGAACAGUAUCGAUCGUGAGAAACUUGUGCUUGAGACAAUAAAAAAUGUUGAAUUGAAUAGUUAUAAAAUAACAGACAAUGCGUUAGCAGACAUACGGAGCCGCAUCGCUCAUUCGCUCCAUAAUUUCCUCCGAGUGACAAAACAGGACUUUUUAGACAAACACAUCUUAAAUGAAUAUGCUAAAUGUAACCGAUUCUUGCGCGACAACGAUGAUGUCCUUGUCACUAAGGCAGACAAAGGCCAGGUUACUGUUAUCAUGAAUAAAAAUAAAUACAAAAACCAAAUAAUAGAACUCCUUCAAGACCAGAAUACAUACAAGAAAUUAAAUAAUGAUCCAAUUAAACGCAUCUCAAACAAAAUGAACGAUCUUGUAAAAUCCUGGCGUGACAAUGACAUCAUCGACGAACGAACAUACAGAUAUUUAAAUUGUACAAACGGAAAUAUUCCGAGAUGCUACGGACUGCCAAAACUUCACAAACAGGGCUUUCCAUUACGAAUAAUAGUGUCCACAAUAGGCAGCCCUUUAUAUAACAUCGCGUGCAUUAUGCACAAUAUCCUAAAUAAAGCAAUUCCAAAGCCUAAAUCACAUAUCAAAGACAGCUGGGCAUUCACCAAACUAAUUAGCAAUAAACAAAUCCACCCGAAUAAUGUUCUCAUAUCUUUAGACGUAACUGCUCCCUUCACAAACAUUCCUAAAGAAUUAGUGAUGACGGGGUUGGAAAAAAGGUGGCAACACAUUCGAGAACAUACCAAGCUAAACCUGGCCCAAUUUUUAUACGCUAUUGACCUCAUUUUAAACUGCACAUGUUUUACAUUCGAUGGACAACCCUAUGAACAGAUUUUUGGCAGUCCCUUGGGAUCCCCGCUAUCUCCCAUAUUAGCCGACAUUGUAAUGGACGAUUUGGAAACGCAAUGCCUGUCCCUACUUGAUUUCGAAGUUCCUUAUUUCUUUAGAUAUGUAGACGAUAUUUUUAUGGUACUGCCACAAUCAAAAAUACCCGAGGUCAUUAGAAUUUUCAAUACCUAUCACCCACGCCUAUCCUUUACACACGAAACAGAUAUUUAA